UUGAAUGUAAAUUGAACCCUAACAAACGUGGUGAUAUCGGGAUUGCCCGAAGUGUGUGCUGAUAUGUCCGAGCUCUUCCAGAAGUGAUUGGACGGUAAAACCGGUGGUGAGGCAGUGUUUCGUCAUCAAGUGAUUGUUGUUGGUAAACAAGUUUCAAAGUUUUACGUCAACAAGUCACCAAGAAAGGCUCGAGAGAUUUUCCAAGGCUGAUAAGCCCGAGAACGAGAUAUCUGCAUAUUUGAUCGUCAAUGAUCAUUAUUGCUCAAUUAAAAGGCGAUCGGCAUCUCGCUGAUGUAAUGACUCUGUACUCACAAUGAGAUAAUAUAACAACAGAUCUGACUGAUUUCAUUGAUAAUCGAGGUCACCAACGGAUAUCUCUCCUGAGCCAGACAACUCCGUCCCAACGUGUUCGGGAAUUUGUACGCCACGAUUCCUGAAGAAUUGUGGAACCCACGUGGUUCAGCAAUCACAGUGAAGUGAGCCAGUGAGUCAGUGUCUCCAAACGUGUGAGUGACAAGAUGAUGUCCUUUCGGAAUUGGUUUCUUCUCCUCGUCAUCUAUGUGUUGUACCUUCUUUUGGGUGGAUAUAUCUUCCGUUGGCUGGAAAACCCAGAGGAUUGCGACCGGAAACACGCCUUGUUCCAACGAAAAGCUCAAGCCAAAGAGGAGAUCAGUCAGUUCUUAGGCACACUCUCUCGAAAUCAGUUGGACAGUUUCACCCAAAUCGUGGAAGAUGUAGACGAAGUAUUGGAGGGCUACAAACUUCCGGGAUUCUUUGGCUUUUCCAUUCGUUAUCCGGAAGACGAGCUCACUUUACAUCCAAGUCUCGACAAUGUUACCAACUCAAGCAUGCACGGAUUGGAGAGCUUUGACUUGGCUGAGGAAUGUUCCACGUGGAAUUUGUACAAUGCGGUGUUUUUUUCCUUUACGGCACUUACAACUAUUGGUUACGGCCAUCUGUCACCCUCGACGCAAGCUGGGAAAGCGGUUUGUAUCCUGUAUUCACUUUUGGGGAUUCCAAUCAAUGGUGUUUUGAUUGGCUCUUUGGCCACUUUCUUUGGUAACAGGAUCAACAAGUUAAAGAAAAGGACCUCAAAGAAAACUCAGAAGGCGAGUGGAUUCAAAGGAAAACGAUAUCUGAGAGUUUUCUUGGAGAUCAUAUUUUAUCUGAUUCCCGGAUUGGGGAUCUUCGUGUUCAUUCCCGCGGGCGUUUUCUGCCUCAUCGAAGAUGGAUGGACAUAUUUGGACAGCUUUUAUUAUGCCUUUGUCACUCUGACCACAAUUGGAUUUGGAGAUUACGUGGCGGGUCGAGAUCAGGAGGUCGUGAAGAAAUUGGGCGGUUGGGGCAUUGUCUACGAAAUUGGUCUGAUUGUCUGGAUCGUUUUCGGCUUGGGCUACUUGAUCAUGAUCAUCAGCAAUAUCACCAUGUCACUCCAGAAACCGGCACGAAAAGCAGCCAAGCGGAUCAAAAUGGCCGAGAAGGUCAUGGUGUCGAGGAUCAUUCAUGAAAUCUUGGUUAUGAGAUCUAAGGGAUCAGGUGAGAAACUGUACGAUGAUGAGCCACGAGGAGUUCGGAUCUCGGACUCCGAGCCUUGUUUGGUGAGUCCCAAGGGCGACGACGUUCCAGAUGAAGACCAGGUCAUUCGUAAGACCCAAUCAUCUUAUGAGCUCGACCAAGCCGAGAGAGAUCAAAAUGAUAUUACACCCGAAACACUGGACAUACCAAAAAUCCAGAAGAAUAUUCAAAACAUUGUGGAUGAGGAAAUGGCCCCGGUGAAAGAAUCUGUGGAUCACUCAGAAGCACAUGACUCCUAUCAGGAGAGCUUAGAUCGAGUGCCUUCCCUCCAAAAUCUGUUCAACGAGACGGGCCCGUUCGCUCGACGGAGAUCUUCGACCACCUACAAAUACACGAACGAUGGUCUCACUCAAACUGAUGUUCCCAAGCGAAAGCCCGUCCUUCGAAAAGGCGCUCGAUCGAUCUCCAUGCAACACCCACAACUAUUUGUGACAGACGCGCCCAAGAAAAGAGGUGGCGGGAAACCCAGAGCCAGAUCUCGUACAUUGUCCGUUUCCGAGCGAGUUGACAGUGUUCCAUUUACGCCCACGAGAGAACUAUUUGAACGGUCAGACCUAUCCUCUUUGUCCAAUUUGGAUGGUUUGGAAGAUAUACUCCGUGAUGUGACUUUGGAGGAAUUUGCUCUUGCCACUCAGAAAGUAAUGAAUGACGAUUCCAAGCGAUUCAAAGGAGCUGAUCAAGGCCAUGUAAACGAGAGUGAGGAAGAGGAUGAGGAGCAUGGCGAUAAAAUUGAUGACUUCCCCACUUCGCGGGAACAAAGCAGCAGCAGGCCAAGAGAUCAACACGCCGAUCGACGUGACGAAGAAGCCGGGACGAAUCGCCGACGAUCAAACCUGAUCAAUCCGGAACUCAUCCGGCAAUUAAGCUCUUUGUUUGGGAGUGGAGCUAAACGAGGUUCGGCUACUUUUACCAUCGGAUCCAAGCCGAGAACUGUGAGCGAAAGCUCGUCCCGAUCCAUGGAUGUGUCAGGGAGAACCAUGGAUUCAUACGUACCCUAAACAUAAAUUUGACUUGCCUUAGAAUUAUUUAUAUUUAUCCCUACACAACAAGCACAAAAAAAAGAUAAUCAAGAGAAUACCUACUAA